AUGAGCUUGACAUUUCUAUCUCGUUGUGCUCGUCCAUCAUCAUUACGUCUACUUUGUCAUCUAAGUACAUACAAACCAGACAUUGAAGCUGUCAAAAAGUUACGUGCCCAGUCCCAGGCGCCACUUAAAGACGUGCGCAAUGCAUUAGUAGCGACGGAAGGCGAUUUUCCAGCCGCAGUUGAAUGGUUGCGUAAAAAGGGUAUUGCUUCAGCUAAUAAGAAGGUUGGACGUCAUACGGCCGAGGGUCUCGUAGGUGUCCAAGUCUCUGAAUGUGGUCGAGCUGCUGCUAUGGUCGAGGUUAAUAGUGAGACGGAUUUUGUAGCCAUGAAUAAAACCUUUCAAGCACUUGUCAAGACCGUCGCAUGUGCAUUGGCAACGCCAUCCAUAGCUUCAGAUAUUGUCACGCAACUGUCGUCUGACAAAUUGGCGCUUGUAGAAGUGGACGGGGUUACUGUGGCUCAAAAGGUACCGGAAUUAGUCGGUGUGGUUGGUGAAAAUGUUGUGGCCAAUCGUGCCGUGCAAUUCCAGCUUGAGGAAGGGACAAUCUGUAGCUAUGUGCACAAUGUCGCUACAUCUGGUCUUGGACGUGCUGGUGCACUGGUGGCACUGCAGUUUCCGAACAAGACGGUCUCAACCGAGCAGAUGGACGGUGUCAAGGAGCUAGGCCAUCGUCUGGCCAUGCACGUUGUGGCUGCCAAGCCACGUUUUUUGUCACGUGAGACUGUUACUGACGAGCUGGUGGAGAAGGAACGUGCAUAUCUGGCGGACCAGGUUAAGGACUCGGGCAAGCCGCCGCAUAUUGUGGCCAAGAUGACGGAGGGCCGUUUGAACAAAUUCUUUGGCGAAAUUACGCUGCUGGAACAAGAGCAUUUCAUUGAAGAAGGCAACCCCAAGGUCGGCGUCUUUGUGGCGGAGCAGGCUGCAAAGCUGGGUGUGGACGUGUCUGUGGUGGCAUACGAGCGCUUCGAGGUCGGUGAGAGUAAGGAAGAGUAG